CCUGUCCUAACCUCAAAACAUAAAAUGGAACACUAAAUAAUUAAUUUUCAAUAUAAACUUAAUCUACAUAAUAAAAUGUCUUUAUUAAUUAAGCAUUACAAACCUGGCGCUGUAUUUAACACACAGAUACUAUGGCGUUUAAACUCAACUGUAGCGGAAAAUCUAAAUAAAGGCGAAGAUGAAGAGGAAUUUAGAGUUUUGGAUAUUUUGAAGAAAAAAGAUAAACAACAGAGACGAGUAGCUCGAAGAUCUGAUGUUAUGCCCGAUAGGACUGAGAAAAUGCCCACAGAUCAGAAUUGGGGCAACGUCUGGCCAGGUCCUCGCUCGUUCCACCCAUCUUCAGUACCUCUACCAAUCAGACAAGGCUACGUACCAAAAGGCCAGGUCCCUCCCGGCAAGAAAGCUAACGCAGAGCUGAUGAAAAUACCAAACUUUCUGCACCUCACACCACCAGUUGUUAAAGCCCAGUGUGAAGCUAUCAAGAAAUACUGCACGGAAUGGCCGAAAUUAUUAAACUCUGAAGAGGCAAUAGAAAAACAUUACCCUAUAGAAGUAAUAACGUCUGAUUAUUGCCAUGCUAGCCCGACAAUCCGGAAUCCACUAGCAAGAAUCGUGACUCUACGUAUUAAAUUGUCAAACUUGAACCUCGAUAAGCAUGCAAGGGACAAGUUUUUAAGAUUAGUAGGAGAUAAAUAUGACGCAGCAACAGAUUUAGUUACUAUAACAGCAGAUCGUUGUCCCAUGAGGAAACAGAAUUUAGAUUAUGUGAAUUAUCUAUUAACAGCGGUAUAUCAUGAGUCAUGGACAUAUGAAGAUUGGGAGAAGGAAAAAACAGAAGACGAUAUGGAAUAUUAUGUUUGGGAUAAUAAUGUGUCAAAGAGGAAUUUAGUAGAUUGGCACUUACGAGUAAAUAAUGAAGUUAAAACACUCUCUGAUGAAGAAUAUAAGAGCUAUGAUGUCUCAACGAUACCAAAUGCAGAGGGAUAUAAAACAGCAGUGUCAGAGUUAUACAAUGUAGGUGAAAAUGAUGAUACGUUAGGGAAGUAUGAUGUGGCUGUAAGGAAGCUCUUUGGCUUGCCGGAAAAGAAAAUUGUAAAUUAAAAUUGUAUUAAUAAAUAGUUGUAUAGGA